AUGGGACUGUUAGAGGAGUUCUGGCACCACAAGUACUGGCUGCCACCUGGAGCUACCUGGGAAGACAUGAAGGAGUCUGCUGACAUUCACUACCCAAAGCCUCAGGACCUCUUGCUCUGCAUCCCUGGUGCCCUGAUCCUGAUCAUUGUCCGAUACAUCUUCGAAAGAACCAUAGCUCUACCCCUGGGCAGGAGGCUGGGUGUGAGCAACAGACCGAGGCCCAAAGCUCAGCCCAAUGCCACACUGGAAGACUUCUACAAUCUGAUGGGCAAGACCCCAAAGGAGGGGGACCUGAUCUCGCUGGCCAAGCAAAAUGACCUGCCAGUCAAAAAAGUGGAGGCCUGGUUCCGGCACCGGCGGGCCCAGGACCGUCCCAGACUGAUGAAGAAGUUCUGUGAGGCAAGCUGGAGAUUUACAUUCUAUUUCACAUCAUUCUUCUCUGGGCUGGCUCUUCUGUAUGAUAAGCCUUGGUUUUGGGACCACACCGUGUGCUGGCUGAGCUUUCCACAGCAGCCUCUCCUGCCUGCACUGGGCUGGUUCUACCUGUUGGAGCUCUCUUUCUACUGCUCACUGGUUGCCACCCUGCCUUUUGAUGUGAAGAGGAAGGACUUCAAGGAACAGAUCAUCCACCACAUCGCCACCAUCACCCUGAUCUUUGUCUCCUACUGUGCCAACCUUAUACGGUUUGGGAUGAUAGUCAUGCUGGUCCAUGAUGCCUCUGAUUAUAUUUUAGAGCUGGCCAAGAUGCUCCAUUACAUGAAAUGGAAGUGGGUCUGUGAAGCAGUGUUUGUUGUUUUUGCUGUGGUGUUCAUCAGUUCCCGGCUUGUCAUUUUCCCAUUAAUCACAUACUAUUACUUUGUGACAAAAUUUCAGAUGUUCCUCCUAAGCUGUCUGAUAAAUGCUUUCCUGAUGAUCCUGCAGUUGUUGCACAUUUUUUGGUCCUAUCUAAUCCUCCAGAUGGUCUUUGGUGUCAUCCUCCACGGUGCGAAAAGAAAAGAUGCAAGAAGUGACACUGAGGAAAGCGACAGGAGUGAAGCAGAAGAUCUGGCAAAGAGCAAAGAGUAA